AAAUACUAAUCCUAGUGAAGGAAUCAAAAGAAAAUCCUACCGGCGGUAGCCACUGCUCUUCCUCUUUUCUCAACGAACAAUGGGCAUUAAGGGUUUAACGAAGCUUCUGGCUGACAAUGCACCAAAGGCCAUGAAGGAACAGAAAUUAGAAAGCUAUUUUGGUCGCAAGAUUGCCAUCGACGCUAGCAUGAGCAUUUACCAGUUUCUCAUUGUGGUGGGUCGCAUUGGGACUGAAACGCUCACCAAUGAAGCUGGUGAAGUUACCAGUCAUCUGCAAGGCAUGUUUACUCGCACAAUUCGGCUUCUUGAAGCUGGGAUUAAACCUGUCUAUGUUUUUGAUGGGCAGCCUCCUGAUUUGAAAAAACAAGAGCUGGCUAAGCGUUACUCAAAGAGGGUAGAUGCUUCUGCGGAUUUGCAAGAAGCCAUGGAGAGUGGAAAUCAGGAGGAUAUUGAAAAAUUCAGCAAGCGGACAGUAAAAGUCACAAGGCAGCAUAAUGAAGACUGUAAACAACUUUUAAGACUUAUGGGGGUGCCUGUGAUUGAUGCUCCUUCUGAAGCAGAGGCCCAAUGUGCUGCACUCUGCAAAUCUGGAAAGGUUUAUGCUGUGGCUUCUGAGGACAUGGACUCUUUAACUUUUGGAACUCCUAAAUUUCUUCGACAUUUAAUGGACCCGAGCACCAGAAAAGUUCCAGUCAUGGAGUUUGAUGUUGCAAAGGUUCUGGAGGAGCUGAACCUUACCAUGGAUCAGUUCAUUGACUUGUGCAUUCUUUCUGGAUGUGAUUAUUGUGAAUGUAUUCGAGGUAUUGGCGGACAGACAUCUUUGAAGCUUAUUCGUCAACAUGGGUCUAUAGAGCAAAUACUCCAGAACAUAAACAGAGAGAGGUACACAAUACCUGAUGAUUGGCCAUAUGAAGAGGUUCGUCGGCUUUUUAAAGAACCAUUAGUCUGCAUGGAUGAUGAGCAACUUGAUCUGAAGUGGAGUGCUCCAGAUACUGAAGGGUUGAUAACCUUUCUGGUGAAUGAAAAUGGAUUCAAUAUUGACAGAGUAAUGAAGGGAAUAGAGAAAAUUAAAGCAGCUAAGAACAAGUCCUCACAAGGCCGAUUAGAGUCAUUUUUUAAGCCAGUUGCUAACACAUCUGCACCAGUUAAACGGAAGUUUGUAAUCGUUCCAAGCCCAAGGGUAUUGCUAGAAAGCCACCACUGGGGUUGUAUUUCAAGCACUCAGUGGUAUUUUCAAGGGGUGUCUCUACUUCGCUCAUGAAGCUGAAAACUGGAUUCGGCAAUCAUUAUAUUUAUGUCUUCUUUUCUUUUAUAAUGAUGUGUUAAAGGUGUUAUGUAGGCCU